AUGGGUUACCAGGGUGCAUUGAAUGUUGGAAACUAUUUAAAGUCAAAAUUCCAGAAACCCCACAAGUUUCUUAUUCAUUGUAUUUUAAUGUCACUUAGCCAUACUAAGGGAAGUUACGAUACAAUGCGCGAUUAUCAGAUGAACAUGGUUACUGCAUUGGUGUUGAACAAGAAAUAUAACUUCUCGCAUAUUGUCUUUCACUACAUGGCUGAGAAUAUCACAACAAAGAGUCGGACUUGGUGUUAUCCAAGGUUUGUGCAGAUGAUGAUCGAUCAUGCAUAUCCAGAAAUUGAACGUGAUUUGAAGGAUGAUUUGUUAAUUCAGUCACACAUGAGUAAUGAUUCUCUAAAGCAGCUUGCUAGAUAUCACCCAAACCACCCUGAACCAAAAGUAGGGGCUGAGUUCUUCGGAUUUAUCAAAGAUGCAAACUACGUUGAUCCUGAUCCAGUUGAUCAUCAAAACUGGAGAAACGAAGAAGAAAUGAAGGAAGCAGCUUAUGCUGAAGAGCUAAAAACUCUUAAGGAGUUCAAAACUACCCGAAAUGACUGGUUUGUGAAAGAGCAGAGGAGGAGAGGUAGGAAGGUUACCCCUAAAUCUCAGGAGGGUGAGGGGUCUUCAUCACAACCAAAGAAAAAGCAAAAGAAAGUGACAAAGACGUUAUUGGUUGAUGAACCUGAGGUAGAUGAGCCGGUUGUUACUGCGGAAGAAGAUCCGUAUGCUGGUAUUAAUGAAGUGAUGCUUAACAUUGAUGAUUUAGUGUCUGAUCAAGCAGUUAAUGUGGAAGCUGUAAAAGAGAAGGUUAUUGAUGAUAUCGAAGGUGAUGAUGUUGAUAAAGACACUACUAGCUCUUCGAGUUCUUCGGAUGAUGAAGUAGAUGAGACUCAACGUCAAAGAAGAAUUAAAGAGGCUACAGAAAAAGAGAAACAAUUAAGGAAGAGGAAGAGACAGGAGAAAGAUGAUGCUGCUUAUGUUCCAUCUCCUGAGCAUGUUUCUAAAUCUCAAUCACCUUUAAGCGGUAAAAAGAAAGCAGAUACAAUGAAAAGGAUUGUAUCUCCAAAGAUCAAGAAAGUAACAACGAAGAUUACAAAGCCCAAGAUUGUCUUGAAGAAGACACCUUCCAAAGAAACCAGUAAACAAUCAACUCCACCACCUGAACCUACACCAGUACAAUCACCACCACAUCAAUCACCUCCACGACAACCAACACCUCCACAACAGCCUUCACCACCCAAACAACCUACACCACCCAGAUAA